AUGAAAUACUGGAAAUCAAUUAGUGUUACUCAAUCUAAUAGUCCAGUUCUUUUUUCCGGAGAAAAAAUCCUUUUUAUACAGCCGUCAACAGAGAUUUAUGAUUCAUUUUCAAAAGAUUAUAUUCUUAAAGAUGGGUUGAUUUAUCUUACAACACAUCGUAUUUGUUACUUAUAUCCAUCUACGUGUCAUAUUCAAUCAUUAGGACUAAAUCUGUCACAAAUUGAAGAACUGAAAACAUCAACGUACUUUUUUAAAUCAAGUCCAAAAAUAACUAUUUAUUAUAAAAAAUCAGAGGAAACAAACAAUCUAAAAACGUAUAAUAAACAUAUUGAAAAAAUUGAUUCAUCUCUAUUAAUUGGAGACACAUGGAUAUGUAAAGUUUGUAGUUUUUCAAAUCCAGUUCCAGAAAGUUAUUCAAUUGAUCGAAAUUUACCACCAUGUUUAGCUUGUGGUGUUUCUAUUAUUAACAAACACCUAUCAUAUCCUAAAAAUAUAGAGGUUAGUGUUUCUGAAUCAACAGAAGGAGAAUCAUCUUUAUCAUGUAAAAGAUGUACUUUUUUUAAUCAUCCUGCUCUUAAACAGUGUGAAAGUUGUGGUUUAUCACUUGUUUGUCAAGAAAAAAAUAUAAUAUAUCCAGAAUCCAUAGUCAAGGAAACAAACAAAUUAUCAUUAGAAGAUUCUACAAAUGAUUAUUGCAAAAUAAAAUUUAAAUCAGGCGGAGAACGACUUUUUUAUGAACGACUAAAAGAGGCCAUUAAUCAAAAAGAAUGGACAAUUAAAUCUAAUCCAAUAGAAGAACAGAACAUAGAAGAGAGGAAAGUGGGAGGAAUCAGUGUUUUACAGUAUACAGAUGAAAACAUUAAAUUAAAUAAUGCUCGUAUUUUAAAUCAAGGCCUCUCAAGUUUGAACGCAUUAAUGUCAAAAGCUAAAGAAUUAGUUGCAUUUGCAAAUUCACUUCGAUUACAACUUCAAACAUCUCCUAAUGUUUCUCGUAACAUACUUGAUACAUUACAAAUAUCAUUACAAACAAUGGGUUUAGAAUCAUCAAUGACAACACAAGAUCUCUCAAAUAACCUCGUUACAAAAGAGAUUACAAAAGAUGAUAAACUAUAUUAUAUGGAAUUAGCAAAACAAGUCGCAGAAUUUCUAGAAAGCGGUGUUUUAAAGAAAGAAGGUGGUAUUAUGACAUUAGUCGAUGUAUUUGCUUUGUAUAACCGUGCAAGAGGUGCUGGUAAGCUAUUUAUUUCUAUAUAACCAUUCUUUUUUAAAAAAAAAGAUUUAAUUAGCCCAGAAGAUUUAUUUAGAGCUUGUCAGUACUAUGAAACUUUAAAUGUAUCAAUUCAACUCAAGCGUUUUAAAAGCGGUCUUUUAGUAUUGCAAGAGAAAGAUAAAAGCGAAGAAAAAAGAAUCCAUCAACUUGUUCUUUGGAUUCAAACUUCUUCACGAGGAGUUAGUAUUUUCCAAGUAGCUGAUCAAUUUCAUUGGAGUAUAGGUAUUGCAUAUGAAACAUUAAAGAUUGCUGAAGAAAAAACAAUGUUAUGUCGUGAUAAAUGUUUUGAAGGUCUUUAUUUUUGGGAAAACCGUAUUAUUCAAAAUGAUAUUAUACCAAAUCAAACAUAACAAAAUUAACUCAAAACAAACUUGUUAAUCAAUGUUUAGAAACUAGUUGAACUCGUUCCAUAAUUAAUCGUCGACGUCCUUGACCUAACCAUUGUCCAGAUUCAUCAAAAACCAGUUCAGUACCAAUCAUAUUUUCCCAACGGCCCUGAUAAAUAUGUCCACCCCAUUGAAGAAAAGGUGUAUUGGAUUCCAAAGCCUUAGAAAAAAGGUAAAAUAAUUUUUUUAAAAAAAAAAAGAAAAUAUACUUUUAAUUGGACUGGACCUUCUGGAAAUCCUCUUGAAUUUUUCUUAAAACAGGGAUCCUUCAAAUCAAUAAUUACAAUUUCAUCAGAAUUAUC